UUGGUCCUGUGGCUCGGGGAACAGGGACACAAGAGGGAGGUGGGGAACGUCUGUGCCUCUGGUCCCGAGCCUAUGGCCUGGGGGACAGAGACAUGAGGGGGAGGUAGGGGGAUGUUUGUCCUCUGACUCUCUGUCCCUUUGACCAUCUGUCUGUCCCUCCAGUCCUGGGCGAACCUGCAGCCAGAGGCCAGGAGCCAGCGGGGGUAGGGGUCAGAGGCGGGAUCCCAGGGACAGACGGGAAACCAGGGGUUACAUGGGGGUCAGUGCGGGGACAGGCCUGGGUGUCCCCAGCCACCGACGGGAUGGACAGUGGUGACGGGGGGAACUGGGGUGUCGGGGAGGGAUUCGGAAGAGCUAGUAGACAGCUGGGGGGGAACCCCUCAGCCUAGGCGGCCACAGAGCAACUCCUCAGGGCGUACCCCAAUGGGGCGCAACCCCCACGGGCGGUUCCUCUCUGUCUCCUGCCCGCAGCCCCCCAGCUAUGAGCCUGAACCUGAGCCUGGCCACCCCCUGCGCCGCCCCGGCGCCCCCCAACACCUCCUGGCCGACGCCCUCGCCGUCGGGCUCUGGGGGGUCCCCGGCGCUGCCCAUCUCGUCUAUGGCGCUGGGCAUGGCGUCCAACGCGCUGGCCCUGGCCCUGCUGGCACGGGCGGCGGGCGGCCUGCGUCACCGGCGCCCCCUGCGCAGGGCGGCCAAAACCUUCGUGCCCUGCGUGGCCGGGCUGCUGGCCACCGACCUGGCCGGCCACCUGCUGCCCGGGGCCCUGGUCCUGCGUCUGUACACGGCGGGGCGAGCGCCCUCGGGGGGCGCCUGCCACUUCCUGGGGGGCUGCAUGGUGUUCUUCGGGCUCUGCCCACUGCUGCUGGGGUGCGGGCUGGCGGCCGAGCGCUGCGCGGGGCUCACCCGUCCCCUGCGGCACCGGGUCCGAGGCUCGGCCCGGGGGGCCCGCCGCGCCCUGGCCGCCCUGCCCGCGCUGGCCCUGGCGGUGGCGCUGCUGCCCGCGGCGCGGGUGGGGCGCUACGAGCCCCAGUACCCCGGUACUUGGUGCUUCCUGGGCCUGGGACCCCCCCGGGGCUGGCGCCAGGCGCUGCCGGCCGGGCUGUUCGCGGGGCUGGGCCUGGCCGCCCUGCUGGCCGCGCUCGUCUGCAACGCCCUCAGUGGCCUGGCACUGCUGCGGGCACGCCGGCGCCGGAGGAGGGAGGGAGCCCCCCGACGGGCCCGCAGCUGGGGGGGCUCCACGUCGUCGGCCUCCGCGGGAGGAGCUGCAGCGGGCGGCCCCUGGGCCCGGAGCUCGGCGCGCAGGGCUCACGCCCUCGACGUGGAGAUGGUGGGCCAGCUCGUGGGCAUCAUGGCCGUGUCGCUCAUCUGCUGGAGUCCGCUGCUGGUGCUGGUGGCGCUGGCCGUCGGGGGCUGGGGGCCCGGCUCUCUGCAGCGGCCCCUCUUCCUGGCGGUGCGCCUGGCCUCCUGGAACCAGAUCCUGGACCCCUGGGUGUACAUCCUGCUGCGCCAGGCCGUGCUGCGCCAGCUGCUGCGCCUCCUGCACCCGCGCCGGGCACCCAGGGCCGCACCCUCGGGCCGGGGCCUCAGCGUCAGCACCUGGGAGGCCAGCUCGCUGCGCGGCUCCGGCUCCGGGCAGAGCGGCCUCAGUCACGUCUAGGAGCCCUGGCCCUCGCCCUCGCCCUCGGGGAUGGAGAGCGGAGAGCGGCGGCAGAAACCACGUUUCUUGUUUGUUUUUGUUUUCCUGGGGGCGUGGCGAGCGGGGAUCCCGCGCAUGCGCACAGCGGAGGCCUCGUCUUGGACGGGGCGCACCUGCACCUCCCGCG